UCUAUUCAAAAUGUUUGUGUCAAGAUGAUAUCGGAAUGGAUCAGUUCCAGUUAUCAAAAUAUUUGGGUACUUGGUAUAUGGUCAAUAUGCAGCCUUUAAUGCCAAUGAAUCCUUAUACAGGAGAUUGUAUGAAUUUAACUCUCACUGAAACUGGAAAAAAGAAUGAUAUUUUGGCAAGCACGUCUUCAAAGUUUUCAAUCAGUACCAUUUCGUCAAAGGAUGUUAUGUCUUAUCGUGGACAGGGAGUAUUUACAUGGAAAUUGACAAAUUUGACUUUUACUACAGUAAAUGUAUAUCCCAAUGGAACUACUGGUAAUGAAGUCGUCACUGCUCCAAUGAAUUCGACCUUGAAAUAUGUUGUUAUUGAUACUGACUAUACAAACUACACAGUCGCAUACAUUUGUGGAAACUAUUCACUUGGUACAUCGUUAGAAAUCAAAUCCCCUCAAAAGUCAUCAAAUUCAUUAAAGUAUGAUUUAAAGGAUUUCACAAUUCCACCAAACUUGUUCAUCCUUAUGAGUCGCGCAAAGGCAAAUACUUCAAACUUUGAUAUGGCUGCUAUCAAGAAUACAAUCAAACAGAAAUAUGCUUGUUAUCAUCAAAUGAAUCAUCCUUCUGCACAGGAUAAGGGAACUUGUAAGGCAUAG